UGCCCUGUUGGCGUAGCAUAUGCACUUGAGUUUUGUGUAAAGUACUACCAUGCAUCAAGAUCAGUAAUGGCUAACAUGACAGCAGUAAUACCACGGCAGACACAACAAAGGCUCGACACGACUUGCAACACCAGCUAACCUCUUCUGUUUGCUCUACGCUCGCUACCGGAAUGAGGAACCUUUGCGUAUUCGCCAAGACAAACACCAGGUUACCGCACGAAGAUUGCCAGUACUGGAGCCAACCUCGUCCGUGUCCUGGUUUUGGCCAUUACCAUCGGCUGAUCCCAGACGCACUCUCCCUGGUGUUCAUCCUGAUCGUUGCUGGAUUUUCGUAAGCGCACCUCCAUCAUCCACCACACGGCAGAUCGGCAGCGCGGCACGGCCUACGCGACCGCACAGGCCCAACCUUCGCGCGCGGGGAGCCACCUCAAGCCGCGACGUGCAGCUCCCUCCGCUCUGGAAUCGCCGCAUGCGCGCCACCAGCCGCCCCGCAGCUGACGUGCAGCAAGGCGAGAGGACGCCGCUCAUCUGGCAAGAGUCCAAACUCCACCGCCGCCGCUCCGAGCAAUCGGCGCCUAUAAAAUUAUAAAUCCACUGACUGCACCCAAGAGCUCACCGAAGCAAGACAGCCACAGAAGAACUAUAUCCACACGACCAGACACACGCACUGCACGAGGCAGCCAUUGGAGGAGCGACACACCACACGAUGCAAACGGCGAAGGUCAAGGCCAAGGACAUGGUGAGCUCGGCCAAGGAGAAGGCGAAGGAGGGAUCGGCCGAGGUGCAGGGCAAGGCAGGCAAGGCCGCGGCGACCACGCACGGCGAGAAGGAGAUGGCCAAGGAGGAGGAGCGCGCGCACAAGUCCCAGGCCGACGCGCAGGAGCACCGGGAGAAGGCAGAGCACCGCGCCGACGCGGCCAUGGGACGCCACGGCACGGCCGGGACGCGCGGCCACCACGGCCCCGUCGGCGCUCCCGUGGCCCCCGACCCCGCGUACCCGGCAAGCGGCGGGCACCCGGCGGCGGAGAAGUACAUCUAGAGAUGGCCAGGGGAGCAGGACGCUCUACCUUUUAGGCCUCGUUUGGUAUUGGUGUUUUUUCACACCCGAUGGGUUUGAGGAUUGGAGGGGAUUUGGUGAUCCCCUCCCCUCCAUCAAAUCCCCUCAAUUUCGGUUUGGUACUAGAGUUUCCCAGUUUUUUUAUGUUGGUACAAUAACAUAGCACAAGUUGCAA